AUGGCAGCAAAUAUUCAUGGCAGUUGUAUUAAGUGUGGUAAAACUGGUGGAGUACUUUUUUGUAAUGGUUGUCAACAAACUUUAUGUUUUAAACAUGUUAGUGAACAUCGAGAUGAAAUUGAAAAACAAUUAGAAGAUUUAAUCAGUCAAGAAACUCAAUUUGAGAAUAAUCUUAAUCAAAGAGAUGAUUCACAUGAUUUAUUUAAUGAUAUUGACAAAUGGAAAAAAGAAAUGAUUGAACAAAUAAAACAAAUAGCUAAACAAGCUAAAGAAGAUCUUAGACAACUAAUUAAUCAGUCUAAUGAAAAAUUAUUUAAAAAGUGCGAAGAACUUAAAGAAAAUCUUCGUUUAUUAAAAGAAUCAGAAGAUUUAUCAGAAAUAGAAUUAAAAAAAUUCUCAAACGAAUUAAAUCAUUUAAAUAAAGAAAUAAAUGCAUUUCAGUUAAUAAAAUCAUCGAAUACAAUGUCUAUAAAAAUUGAACAACAACAAACUAAUGAAAUUUCGUUCCCAAAAUCACCAUCAAACGAUAACAUUUUACCUUCUGUAGAACAAAGUCAUUCAAAAGAACAAGGUUCAAUAUUAAUACGUGAAAUUGAUCCGUAUGGACAUUUUAUAAUAAUUGAGUAUAAUGGUUUAAUAACGGAUAAAGAACAAGAUAUGGUCGGAUGGACAUUGAAGCGUUCAAUCGAUUCCUAUACAGAUAUUAUUUAUCGAUUUCCAAAUGAUUUCACUCUCAAACCAAAAUCAUUCAUUAAAAUUCUUUCAAAACAUGCAAGUAAAACACGUUAUUCAUAUGAAAAAAAAAAUAUUUUAAUUGCUGAUUCUGUACCGACAUGGGGAACUGGAAUUAAAAUAAUUAUUAAUCGUCUUAUUGAUGCAAAUGGGGAUGAAAGAGAUGUUUUUACACAAACAUUUUAA